CUCUCUAACACACACACAUAUAUAUAUAUACUCAGGGCAGUGAGAAUGCACAAAAAGGAGAAACAUAGCUUCGGAGAAACGCCGUUCAGACUGUGAGCGGACACGGACGAGGACUGAUCAGCACCGCAAGAUGCUGCCCAACGCCACCGCCGGGCACCUCGCCACGAUGGAUGGCACGGACGCUGCCAACCUGACCCAAAACGGGACGGCGAACGGCACCAACAGCAGCGCGAUCCUGAUCUCCUUCAUCUACUCGGUGGUGUGCUUCGUGGGGCUGUGCGGGAACUCUCUGGUGAUAUAUGUGAUCCUCAGGUACGCCAAGAUGAAGACAGCCACUAACAUCUACAUCCUCAACCUGGCCAUCGCCGACGAGCUGCUGAUGCUGAGCGUGCCUUUCCUGGUGACUUACACCCUGUUGGGUCAAUGGCCCUUUGGAUCGAUGCUGUGUCGCCUGGUGCUCAGUGUAGAUGCCAUCAACAUGUUCACCAGCGUCUACUGCCUGACCGUGCUGAGUGCCGACAGAUACAUCGCUGUGGUGCACCCCAUCAAGGCGGCUAGUUACAGGAGACCCACCAUAGCCAAAAUGGUCAACUUGGCGGUCUGGCUGCUCGCCAUCCUAGUCAUCCUGCCCAUCAUCAUCUUCUCCAACACGGCCACCGCCUCUGAUGGCUCGGUCACUUGUAACAUGCAGAUGCCAGAACCCAGCACUCGGUGGCCCGCCGUCUUCGUGGUUUAUACCUUCUUGAUGGGCUUCCUCAUCCCCGUCACUGCCAUCUGCCUCUGCUAUAUCCUGAUCAUCAUGAAGAUGAGGGUGGUGGCGCUCAAAGCGGGCUGGCAACAGCGCAAGAGGUCGGAGCGCAAGAUCACGCUGAUGGUGAUGAUGGUGGUGACUGUGUUUGUCAUCUGCUGGAUGCCUUUCUACGUGGUCCAGUUGGUCGAUGUGUUCGUGGGCCAACAGGAUACCACCAUCAGCCAGCUCUCUGUCAUCCUGGGCUACGCCAAUAGCUGUGCCAACCCCGUCCUGUACGGUUUCCUAUCGGACAACUUUAAGAGGUCCUUCCAGAGGAUCCUGUGCCUGCGUUGGAUGGACAACGUGGCCGAGGAACCCAUCGAUUACUACGCCACGGCUCUCAAGAGCAGAGUUUACAGUGUGGAGGACUUUCAGCAAGACCACCUGGAGCAGGACAGCGUGUAUCGCAACGGGACUUGUACAUCCAGGACCACAACACUGUGACCCUGACUGACCCCCCCACACCC